AUGGCGGCCUUAUCAGCAGAGGGGGUAAGGAGAGUCUGUCAGCUUCAGAGGGAAGAAGGGCGCCAGUGCCUGAGAGCGCUCCUGCAAUGGGAGGAGUUUGAUGACGUGAGGGAUCUCAGGCGCAGCAUAGAGCUCGACAGUCUUUACAGCAGCAUUGUGUUCGCCGUGGAAAAAGGGCUCUCCUGGCCUGCGGUCGUGGAAGCGGGAAAGCUUGCGGAAGAGCUGCUGAACGAAACCAAAGGUUUACCUGUUUCUCAGGCCAUCUGUCUCCUAAAGGAUAAACUCGUGGCGUGUGAGCCAAAGCUGAGCCCUUUCAAACCGUAUGUCUUGUUUGAAUACUUCUAUAACACGCUCGUCAGGCACUACCAGCUGUACCAGUUUGUGCUGUGUCGGGAGAGAGACGUUGAACAGACGUCUGCCCAGCUAGAAAUCUGUGUGCCGCCGCAGCCUCUGCCGCUGAUGGCAGGCGUUGAUGCUGAAGUCUGGCACUAUCAGCAGCAGCUGGCUGUCCUCUCAGCCGCCGAGGUCCAAAAACGUACCAACGUGCUGCUCCUCCGAGAGAUGCUACACCUGGAGAGGGAGCACAUGUUGCAAAGAGCGUGUGAUGAUCUGAAAUCGCGAGCAGAGAUCCUAGACAGACAGAUUUUGGAGACCCUAGUGAAAGAAGUGAUCGGGACCCAGAUCCAAGCUCUCAAUGAGAUCCUGCAGACUGAGAUCCAGACCACCUUCGAGAUCCUGGAGCUGAGACUCCAGAAGAGGGCCCUGAUCCUGAGCCCUCCUAGCCCCUAUCCCCCACCUCCCUCUCUUGAAGAACGAGCAAAGAAGUCACCCAAAGCUCAGCAGCAGAAAACAAAGAAGAAGUGA